GAGUACAGAGCCAAAACAACAACAAAUGUGUGCUUGUUCUUCUGCUUGUUUUCUAGAAAGUCAGUUCUUAGCCUAUUGGCGUUUAAUAGUUUACACUUUAUUAGAGUGAGUAAUCAUCCACUCAAAGGAACAUUAUUUAAUUGAAAUCAACAAGCUCCAGAGUCUUCCUAUAACACUUUAAUUGUAAACAAAUAUUCAUGGUAAUACUUGCAUGUAUCCUCACUGUGCAUGGAAACAGUAGCCUAUGUAACAAAGUAAAUUAAUUAAUGCAAUAGUCUUUGAUGAAAAUAUUUUUUACCAUUUAAAGAGAAGUGCAUGGCACCAAGAGCAUGGCACCAAGAGCAUAUAGCACCAAGAGCAUAUAGCACCAAGAGCAUAUAGCACCAAGAGCAUAUAGCACCAAGAGCAUAUAGCACCAAGAGCAUAUAGCACCAAGAGCAUAUAGCACCAAGAGCAUAUAGCACCAAGAGCAUAGCACCAAGAGCAUAGCACCAAGAGCAUAGCACUUGCAAUGCCAGGAUGGUGGGUUCCAUUCCCGGGACCACCAGUGAGUAAAAUGUAAUUUCGGAGGAAGCAACUUCAGUCCCUACCAUUUCUUACUUUGCUCAAACAACGUCUUCCUGGAUAACAUCUCAAAGGAAUAUCUUACUAUCAAGUGUUCAAAGAAGAGCCUUUUUUAGGCUUCUCAGCCCUAGGAUCUGUACAUUCAUUGCUACAUUACACUUAAGGACAUGUCUGCUGUGCGACUGCUGCUCCUGUUUCUGCUUUGUUCCCAUUUUGUGUCCCUGUGCCAUGGGGCCUGUUCAGAGGUGGACUCGGACACUGAGGCCGUUGCAGGCAAAGGGUUCAAACUGGGCUGCAUCUCCUGUAAGAUGAGGCCUGAGGUGGAGGCUUCUGCCACGGUCAACUGGUAUUUCAAGGCCAAAGGAGAAGCUGAAUUUGCUCAUAUAUAUAAUUACGAUGAGGAGGGCCCCCACAUUGUGGAUGAGCGCUUUGAGGAGCGCGUCGACUGGAAUGGCAGUAAGAGGAGCCAAGACAUACAGGAUGCAUCCAUCUACCUCUUCAAUGUCACCUUCAAUGACUCGGGCACCUACAGUUGCCACUUCCACCGGCUCUUGACGUAUGAGUUCUACGAAUACCAGACUGUUGUCAGCAAGCUUGUGCACCUGAAAGUGGUGGCUAAAGCCACCAGAGGAACAGCCUCCAUAGUCUCUGAGGUGAUGAUGUAUGUGUCCAUCAUCGGGCUACAGGCUUGGCUCUACAUAGAGAUGAUAUACUGCUUCAGAAAGAUCUCAGCUGCAGGAGAGGAAGCAUUAAGAGAAAGCGCGAAUGCAGAAUAUUUAGCUAUAGCCUCGGAGAGUAAAGAUAACUGUGCAGGGGUGCAAGUGGCAGAAUAACCCAGGAAUGCAAAGGGAUUCCAUCUAUGUACUGGCCGCAUCAGCUAUACGACCCCUUGGAACGCAUGAAGACAUCCUGAAGAUGCACAGUAUCUACACAUUCUGAGUCUUUAUUACUUUUCCUGUUAUGUUAAUGGAUAAAUGUGAUAUGAUGGACAUCAUUCCUUUGAAAGUAGCAUGAUAUCAGCACCUCUGUAUAUAUUACACACAAAAGCAUGUAACUAAUUCAACUAAUGAAUCCUUAUGUGUAUGAAUCCUUCAUCAAGGUAUUUUUUGGGUUGUAUCGAUCUCUCUCUAAAGUGAAUGUACAUUUAUAUUAAGAGUUAUUGUGAGAGAAUAAAUCUGAUUAAAUGGUUAUCAAGAGAGCUUUA